AUGAUGUCGAUGCGGGUGAUUCAACAAGCGGCCCUUUUUCCUCGCGCGGUGUGUGUGUUUUCACGUGUAGUGUUGUUGACCGAGCCAGGUGGGGGAAAUGGUGGGAAGUCUCGAUGGUGGAUGACCGGCAAGAGGAGGCACAGAGCCGCAGCCGAAUGUUUGACGGCGGUUCUUGGCGGUCGUGCACAGGCCAACCGCGGGGGUGAAGGUUUCUCGGCUUAUUUCAGCCCAACAGGGCACGGGCGCCCCGAGAACCCCGAGGGUUCCAUGUUCCGAUGGGAGUCGAGCCCGGGCUGGUACACGGCGACACAGGUUGAACUACCUAACCACAACCACCACCAGCAACACCGAACCACCACCAUGGCCAACCACCGCAAGACCUACUUCUUCCCCCCAACCUGGGACUACCACCCGUCCGGCCCCCUGCAACUCGGCAACCUGAUCCUCUCGCCCUCCCACCCCGCCGACGCCCUUAAUGGCCCGUCCAGCCCCCGCCCCGCCCCAUCCACCCUCUUCCCACCCACCACCCAAACCAACACCACCUGGUCAACCACGGACCUCACCCAGGGGCGCUACGGCCUGUGGACGCAAUUCCUAUCCUCCAUCCUCGGCCUGGGCCUUGACCUCGGCACCACACACUCCGCCUCCACCCUGCAGACCUUCCGGUUCGCUCGCACCGAGACCCGCGCCUUCACCCCCAGCCCUCAGUUCCUCCGCGCCGUGCUCGCCGCCUCGCCCGCCGCGCUGGAUUUCCUCCGGCGCUGCCGCUUUCGCAAGCAUCUGUAUAUGGUUACGGCGGUGAAGGUGGUGCGUGGGGCGAGCGUCCGGACGGAGCGGGUGAGGGCGCGCGGGGUGGAGGUCGGGUUGGAGGUGGAUGGGGCGUUGGUGGGUGGGGUGCCGGUGGGUUUGGGCCCGGAGGUGAGGGUGGAGGGGCAGCGUGGGGAGGAGGGCGCGUUUGAGGGGGAGUCGGACUUUGUGUUCGCGUUUGGGUUGAGGAAGAUUGUGGUGCGGCGCGGGACGGGGGAGGUGGUUGGGCAGGCUGAGUAUACGAAAGGUGCGUUGUAUGAUGGUGAUGUUGGGGGUGAGAAGGGGGAGGUGUUGUUUGAGGUUGAUGAGGGGGCUUGUGAGGAGGUGUGGGUGGAUGGAGAUGAUGGUGUGGCUGUAGUUGAAGGUGAUGAGGAGAUAGUGUGUGUUAGUCCCCAGUAG